CGAAGUUUCAGUGUCAUCAGCGAGGCUUUGAAAUUCUAAAUCAUGGAGACCAAUCAGGAAACUUCCCUCUUCUUGGUGAAGAUCUUGGAGGAACUGGACAGCAAGCAAAAUACCGUUUCCUACCAGGACCUGUGCAAAUCCCUGUGCGCCCGCUUUGAUCUGUCCCAGCUCUCCAAACUGAGAAGCGUGCUCUUCUACACGGCUUGUCUCGAUCCCAAUUUUCCAGCCACAUUAUUCAAAGACAAGAUGAAAUGCACCGUGAACAACCAGCAAUCGAAGAAAAUCAUGGUGGCGGCAGAUAUCGUGACGAUCUUCAACCUCAUCCAAAUGAACGGGGCUACGGCCAAGGAGAAGCUCCCCAGCGGCCGGCAGAAGAUGCGCAAGAAGGAGGCGUCCUUUGACUCUGGCCGCUCGGACACGGAGCUCUGCACCGCGGCCGAGUGUGAGUCCCUCAGCUGCGAGCUGAGUGACCAGCCUUUCAGCCGGGGCUACCCCACCCACCAGUCUUCCAAGUGCCGCAAGAUGGAUUGCAAGGACUGCCCGCAGUUUGUACCUGCAUCCGAGCCCAACUUCCUGCUGGGGGUCAGCAAAGAUGUGAAGAACCGGGCGGCUUCCCUGGACAGGCUGCAGGCUCUGGCCCCGUACUCGGUGGCCAGCCCUCAGCCCUGCGAGAUGCAGAGAACCUACUUCCCCAUGAACAUCGAGAGCGAGUCCAUGUCCGAUCAGGACUCCCUGCCCCUCACCCAGGGCAUCAAGGAGACUUUCAUUUCUAACGAGGAGCCCUUCGUGGUCCAGUCCUGCGUCCAGAAAAGGAACAUCUUCAAAGAGGACUUUCACAACCUGAUGACUGUGUCCCCCGGGUUGGCCAGCCCCGCUAACAAGGCUGAGGGUGAGCACGGGAAACCCCAGGGCCGAAAGGAGUCCCACAAGACACCCUUCCCCAAUCACAGCUUUGAGAUGCCCUACAACAGCCAGUACCUGAAUCCCGAGUACUCCCCUGUUCCUGACAAAAGGCGGGCAAAGCACGAAAGCUUAGAUGACCUUCAAACCUCCACGUAUUUUGGACCCACUCCAGUGAUGGGGACCCAGGAGGCCAGGCGCUGUCCGGGGAGGCCGGGCAAGCAGACCCCCUGGCCGGCCAAAAGCUGGAGCCUAAACACCGAAGAAGUUCCUGACUUUGAACGGUCCUUUUUCAAUAGAAAUCCCUCCGAGGAGAAGCUCCGCUAUCCAAAUCCCAGCAGCCAGACCCCCAACUUCCCAACCCCAGACAGGCGCCCAGCUUACCUCAUGCCGCAGGAGCAACAGCCAAUUCUCCCCAUCGGCUACGCGGCCAAGCCAAACGGGCUCAAAUCUAAAGAGAUCUCGUCCCCUGUUGACCUGGAGAAGCAUGAACCAGUCAAAAAGUUUAAAGACAAGAGCAUUAGCUGCACCAGCAGGCAGCUCAGCUCAGACACCAGUAGCGUGGGCACCCAGACCGAGCAGCACGUCCUGGAGCCCAAGAAAUGCAAAGACUUGUGUGCCUCUGGGCAGGGCAAGUACAGUGACAGGCACGCCAUGAAGCAGUCAGAUGACGACUCGGAAGUUGUCAGUGAUGACAUCAGUGACAUUUUCCGAUUUCUUGACGACAUGAGCAUCAGUGGCUCGACGGGAGUGGUACAGUCAUCCUGCUACAACAGCACAGGAUCUUUGUCUCAGCUUCACAAGUCGGACUGUGACAGUUCACCAGAGCACAACCUAACCAAAAUCGCCAACGGGCUCCCCAGCAGCAAAGGAGAAAAGGGCAACCGGCCUGAAAACAGUCACCACUCGGAAGAGGAGUUGAAGACCAGCGUGUGCAAACUGGUCCUCAGGAUCGGUGAAAUUGAACGGAAGCUCGAAUCGCUGUCGGGUGUCCGCGAGGAGAUCUCCCAGGUCCUGGGCAAGCUCAAUAGACUGGAUGAGAAGAUACAGCAGCCCGAGAAGGUGAGUGUGCAGAUAGAUCUGAAUUCCUUGACCAGCGAGGCUCCAUCCGAUGAGAGCGCCUCUCCCCGGAUGUUCCGUGCACACAAUGGCUCCCACGGGCCCAAACUGGAGAACUCGGCCGACUGGUGCUGCUCAGACGCCAGCGGAAGCAACAGCGAAAGCCUUCGUGUCAAGGCGUUGAAAAAAAGCCUCUUCACCAGGCCAUCCUCCAGGUCCCUGACGGAGGAGAACAGCGCCACAGAAUCCAAAAUCGCCAGCAUCUCCAAUUCGCCCAGGGACUGGCGCACCAUCACUUACACCAGCCGCGUGGGCGUCGGAGAGGAGGAUGUCAAAGACAGAGGCCCUGGGGAGAGUAAGGACUGGCAUCGAAAAUCUAAAGAGGCAGACAGGCAGUAUGACAUGCCCCCGCCGCACCGACUGCCCAAGCAGCCCAAAGACGGCUUCCUGGUGGAGCAGGUGUUCAGCCCUCACCCCUACCCCGCCUCCCUCAAGGCCCACAUGAAGAACAACCCUCUGUACACGGACAUGCGGCUGACGGAGCUGGCGGAGGUGAAGCGGGGCCAGCCUUCCUGGACCAUCGAGGAGUAUUCUCGCAACGCGGGCGAGAAGGGCAAGCUGACAGCCCUGGACCUGCAGACUCAAGAAUCUUUAAACCCAAACAACUUAGAAUACUGGAUGGAAGAUAUUUAUACUCCAGGCUACGACUCAUUACUAAAAAGGAAAGAAGCCGAGUUCAGACGAGCCAAGGUCUGCAAGAUCGCUGCCCUGAUCGCUGCAGCCACGUGCACAGUCAUUCUGGUCAUCGUCGUGCCCAUCUGCACAAUGAAAUCAUGA